CAAUUGUUUUUUUUCCGCAUUCUCCUCGUUAAUUUUAAUUUUCUAAAAUGAGGGGCAUUAUUAUCGUGCCCAUGGACUUGGAGCCCGGCUUCCGCAAGGCGGACAUACACAAUAUACCCGCUCUGAAUAGCGGAAUGGUGUUUAAUUUCUGCCUAUCCGCCGCCUCUGAGAAAUCAAAACAAAUGUCCACGGAUAAAAGUGAUCUCCUGACGGAUUACGUCCAGAUGCGGAGACAUAACGACAUGUGCGAACUAAAGGGACUCGUAUUCUCCGCCUCCGACUUUGCCAACACAGAAACCCACGCCAAUGUGGCGCUCAAGGUCGCGGAAAAGGCCCGGAUCAUCACGGAUGGCCAGUGCAGCCUGUGCCCCACUUCUGGUACCUGCGCCCACAUCGUGGCCUUCACCUUUUGGCUGCUCAACAAGAGCAGCGAUCGAAAUCCCUCGGCCGUGGUGGAGUUUUGGGGCCACGAACUGGAAAACCUGGUGCAGCCGGAGCCCACAUCGGCCACGCGGAUCUGUGAUAUAAUACCCAAGGACGAGGUGCGAUUAGAGAGCGAACAGAACGCGCAGGAGCUGAGCGCCAGCGAGGAACAGGCUUUCCUGCAGACCGUUCUCGAGGAACUGGGUAACUGUGGCCGGGAUUCCGCCCUCUACCGCCAGUGUGUGGACACCAGCGACGAGUUCGAGCCCCUGUUCGUGCACCAUGCGCUGCUCCGGGCAGCAGAGUACAACAUCGUUGAUCUGCCCAGCUAUGUGCAGCACACCGAACAACUGGCACAGACUGGAAUCAUCGAGAACCUCUACAUUGUGACACGAAACCAGUACAAAUCGCGUUUGUGGGUGGAGGUGCAGUACAUGCGCAUCCGUUGCUCCAUGAUGCACCUGAUCAUUAACCGCAAGAGUGCCGAGGAUGACGAUCAGAUCUUCAACAUGAUGUUCUGCAAGGGACGGGACAGGAACAACGAAGAUCGCAUGCAGCAGAAGCAGCACAAGCGAUUCAUAUUGAAGCAGACAGAGAAGCUGGAGAACAAGAAGUACGUCGAGUGCGGACUGAUUCUCCACGAGAGCUUCCCCUUUCUGUGCGCCGCUCCCGAUGGCAUCACGGACGACCACAUUGUCGAAAUCAAAUCGCCAAAGACUGAGGAGGACUUCGAAAAGUACCUCGAGGCCCGCGAAUCGAUAGCACCCAAGUACAUGGCCCAGAUACAGAUCCAGAUGUUUGCGGCCAACGUGAAAAAGGCGCUCUACUGUGUGCUGAGUCCAACGUUCGAGAUCAACGGAGCUCUGCACUACGUUUGGGUGCAGGCAGAUCCGGAAUUCGUCUCCAGUUUGCUGACCAUGGCCGAGGAGUUCUGGCGCGACAUAGUCUUCCCCCGCCUAGUGAAUAUCUACCCGCAGUUCGGUUAA